AUGUGCUCAGUCACCUGCAGCUUAUCCACCCGAAGCCACAAAAGCGGGCGCUCUCACUCGCUGGCGCCACAGUCGGUCGAUCCACGCAUAGACCGCCGUUUGUUCUAUGCGGCCAAGCGGAGGCUGCAGAAUUCGACUUGUCUCGGAAAUAGGGCUCUUCAGGUGUGCAUUCCCUCCCUGUGCCCACCCAUCUAUCCCAAUGGGUCUUCCACCCCUCGCGUCCAGUCUGUCGGCGCCUUGCCAUUUGGCCGAGUGUGCGGCAUGAGAUCCUGUAUACUGGGUGCUGAUGCUGAUCAGCCGACUACCCUCGGAACUUUCAUUCAGCCUGCUGGCCCGACUGCUCCAUAA